AUGAACCCAUCAAGCAAAGAGUCGCUAGCGUGGGAUAACCUACGGUUCGAGCUCGAGCCAUGGUUGAAAGACGCCAUCGCCUCGUUGGAGUAUCCGACAAUGACACCGGUGCAAGCUUCCACCAUCCCCCUCUUGAGCGGCAACAAAGACGUCAUUGUGGAAGCGGUGACGGGGUCAGGCAAGACGUUAGCGUUUGUGAUUCCCGUCUUGCAGAAGGUUUCGCGCAGGCUAUAUAGUGUCCCCGAGGGACAUGACCGUGCCGAGGUGUUGAAACGGGGCCAUAUGUUAGCUAUCGUGAUGGCGCCGACUCGUGAACUCGCGCGACAGAUUCAAAUGGUGUUUGAUAAAGUGUUGGGGUUUUUGCUGGAUGCAAUGACGCCGCGGAUCAAGACGCAGUUGUUGGUGGGGUCCUUGGGGAACGUGAGGGAGGAUCUCGACAAUUUUCAAGUGGAACAGCCGCAGAUUCUUAUCGCGACGCCGGGGAGACUACUAGAUUUCAUGUCUUCGCAACUGAUCAAGACAUCCUCGUUGGAGAUCGUCGUGUUGGAUGAGGCUGACAAGUUGCUUGAUUUCUCGUUUGAGACCGACGUGGUGAAGAUUUUGAAACGGCUACCGAAACAGCGGCGGACGGGCUUGUUUUCGGCGACGAUUUCCGCUGCUGGUGACACCGUUUUCCGCACGGGUAUGAAUAACCCUGUUAAGUUGCUGGUUAAGACCAGGAGCUUCUUGGGCGAGCAGACCAAUGCGCCAACCUCGUUGCAGUUGUCGUAUAUGAUGGUUAACCCCGAGCAUAAAUUGACUACAUUAUUGCUGAUGUUGAAGCAAUACAAUUUCAAGAAAGUGAUUGUGUAUUUUCCGACUUGCACCUCUGUCAAACACUUUUACCAUGUGUUGACUGAGGUGGAUCAAGAUAACUCGCAGUUGAGGUAUUUCUCACUACAUGGGCAGUUGAACACCAAGUCGCGGUUAAAGACCUUGGAGAAGUUUACCGAGGGGGACAACCACGAGGACCUGAACCAUAAAUACGUGCUUAUGACCACGGAUGUCGCUGCGAGAGGCAUCGAUAUCCCCGACGUUGACCUCGUGAUCCAAAUCGACCCACCCACGGACCCAAGUGUAUUCUUGCACCGGUGCGGCAGAACGGGCCGCGCCAACAAGGUCGGCCGCGCUGUCGUGAUGUUGAACCCAGAUACGCAAGAGGAAGACUACGUUGGGUUCAUGGAAGUGAAAAACAUCUACAUGACGAAAAUGGAACCGCCACGUCACCAGAAUGACAACAUUUUCCAUCAACGUUUGCGCAAUUUCAUGCUUGCUGAUCGCGCGAGACACGAACUCGCCGUCAAGUCCUACGUGGGCUUCAUCCGAUACUACUCCAAGCACGUCGCGAGCUCGAUUUUUCGAAUGGCCUCGUUGGACUACGUGGCCGUUGCUAAGAUGUACGGCUUGCUCCGCUUGCCCAAGAUGCCCGAGCUGAAGCAUAUUGCCGCGGAUCAGAUGCCAGAGGACGGAUGGCUAGGCGAUGCGAUCGACAUGGACGAGUAUGCCUACGGUGAUAAGGUGAGGGAAAGGGCAAGGUUGGAGAGCUUGGAUCGGGACAAGGUUGCCAGGGUUGAAAACGCUAAGCGGCGCAAGGAGUUGAAGGUUAAGAAUGAGGCGUGGUCGAGUAAGAACGAUAAGAAGGAGGUCAAGCUGGAACGGCGGGAGAAGAUGAAACGUAAGCGGGAGAAGAUUGAGAAACAAAUCAUGGACGAGCAAGAGCGCGGGUCGGAUGAGGAUGAAGCGGAGGAGGAUUGGAAGGAUCUCGUUAUCAAGAAUAAGAAACGAAAGAGCAAUGGCUCGGCUUUACAGGGUUCCUUUGAUGAUUUAUAA